GCGGGGCUUACGACACGUCACGUAUAUGUAUAUAGUCGGAGAGCCUCCCUGCCACCCAGCGUGUGCCUCUCUGAGUAUCAAAUGCAGACCUCCAGGCAAGUUACACUUCUCCGAGAGACGUCACUGCUCGGUUUGUAGCAGAUGUACCGAUAGACACACCCCUGCGCCACCGGAACAUUCAAACACCGUCAGUCCAGGGGCGUGUCCGGGGACACGGGUGCAUGGGGUGGCACCCUACCUGAUCACCAACCACCAGGAGCUGAGUACAUGUACUCGAGUUCUUCACUGAAAUACACGUUAUUGUACUGAAUCCAAGUAUUUCAGUUUUACUGAGCUGUGCUGGAGCAGUUCAUCAUCAGUGACAAUGAGGAGGUCACAGCAGGUGGAGGAAGACGAGGCGCUGGCCCGACGCCUGCAGCUAGAAGCCGACUCAGAAUUUGCUGGGGUGGAGCAGAUCUCCAUCACUGAGGAGCAGCAGGCUGCGGUUCGUUUACAGCAGAUGGAGGAAGAUAAGCUGCUGGCCCGACGGCUGCAGGCGGAAGACGACUCAGACAUCGCUGUGGUGGAGCAGAUCUCCAUCAGCGAGGAGGAGGAGGCUGCGGCUCGUUCGCAGCAGCUGAGGGAAGACGAGGCGCUGGCCCGACGGCUGCAGGCGGAGGACGACUCGGACAUUGCUGCGGUGGAGCAGCUCGCCAUCAGCAAGGACGACGCCAUUUGUUUCCAGCAGGCGGAGGAUGACGAGGAGCUGCAGGUGGAGUCUGGCUCAGAGAUCGCUGUGGAGGAGCAGAUCUCCAGCUGCGAGGAGGAGGAGGCUGCAGUUCCUUCACAGCAGGUGGAGGAAGACGAGGCUCUGGCCCGAAGGCUGCAGGCGGAGGACGACUCAGUGAUCGCAGCGGUGGUGGAGCAGCUCGUCGUCAGCGACGAAGAGGAGGAGGCCACUGGUUUACAGCAGGUGGGGGAUCACAAGGAGCUGCACCGACACCUACAGGUUCGGCUGGACCAAGUGGAGCCCACGCUGCACAGCAGACACCGUCACCACCUCCAUUAUCACCACCUCCAUCAGCUUCAUCAUCAUCGCCUCCACAGGGGUCAUCCCACAGAGCGCCGCUGGAUGAUUCAGGUGGCCUCCGGAGAAGAUCUGAUUGGUCAUCGCGGGAGUAGGGACGCCACAUCUAAUGACGCUGAGGGAAACGACUACGAGUCUCUGCUGGAGCUCGAGGAGCAUCAGGGCGCCGUGAGGACCAAUCAGCUGAGUGCGACGGAUAUCCAGAGGUUUCCCACCAAGGUGUUCCGGAGAUGCGGCGGCAGCGGCGGUAACACACAGUGUCAGAUCUGUUUCUGCGACUACAGCGACGGCGAGAAGCUGAGGAUGCUGCCCUGUUUCCAUGACUACCACGUCCACUGUAUCGACCAGUGGCUGAAGGAUAACCCCACCUGUCCAAUCUGCAGAGUCAACCUGGCCGACAAAGACGCCAUCGCCCCCCCCGACCUCUGACCUUGUUUCUACUGUUUCCUAUGGGAGCAGACAGGAAGGAAGGAAAGAGGACUCACACUUGUUUUUGUUUUGAAUACUUUAAUUUAAAGGUUUCGCUCGGUGGUCAUGUGACCUCAGGAUUAGAACCGUAAACCUCAGAGCCGUUCGUGUCAUCGUCGCAGUUUAGUCCUCGUAGUAGCACUUCUUCAUCGCUCUGUACUUCCUCAGGUAGUAAAGUGCCUCCAGCUCCCGGGCCAUGUACUCGCCACGCGCGA